UCUGUCCACACCAUGGUGCUCCUCCUGGGGGGCUUGGUCCACGCCAUACAGUUCCCCUUGUCGACGGACUACAUUACCCAGAAGCGUGUUCGGUCAUGGCGGUCGCCGCUAAAAACGCGUGUGGUGUCUCUGACGACUCCAGCAGCAGCGACGAUGAGGCGCUUAAAAGAUGUCAGGAGGCAGUCUGGGAGACACGAGGUGACAAAAUGAAAGGUGAACAUGUUUUCUGUUGUGUCUGUAGUGAGAGACGAAGUGAACAUUUCUGUACAGAUGGGAACAGCCAUGUGCAACAGUCAAAGCGUGUUGUUGUAGCUGACCAUGAACACGAUGGCAACGAGCUCCAGGUCACCCAAGGGUUUCGAACACACGUCGCCAAAAAGUUGGGACAUCUUCUUGACAGUUCCAUUACAGUGAUGCAGACUGAAGCUUUAUCCUGUGUGGAAUCAACAAGAUGUGAUGAUGAUGAAGGUGAAGGAUUUCGUCUGUUUUCUACAUCCGUCCCGGGACAGACAGCUGAUGACCCUCCAGCCCCUGUGAGGCGUCGGCCUGUUCCCAGCUCAAGUGACAGCGACAAUGAGAUGGAAACAAGGCUGAGGGAAGCAGCGGUGUCUGUCAAAGAUCUCUUAGCCGCAUCGUCACUGCUCUCGACACUCUCCACUCCCUCAGCGGAGCUUCCCCGCUCAGAGGGAAUAAAGAAGAAGAAGAAAGCGGCAGAGGAAGAGGAGAGCCGUGUUGUUAAGAAGAAGAAAAAGAGGAAACCGAAUCCAGAAGAGGGUGAGCAGGUGGACUCUGUAGGUUCUUCUCUUAAUGCUCAAAUAAAUGGUGAGCACGGGAACGCAGAGGAACACAUACAAGUCAAAGUAAAACGGAAAAAGAAAAAGAAGCGAGAAUUACACACUGAGGAAGAGGCUUAGGACUGAAUCUGUUUUGAAUUAUCUUUCAAUGUUUUGGGAUGUUUGUUUGUUAUCCAGUCUGGCAUAGUCUGUCACAAGCUUGAAAUAUAUUUCCUGACAGUAAAUGUGUAUCUAAAUGAAAACCUCUUUUCAUGCCAUUGCUCAUGGUUAUUCUUGAAAUAGUCUUUACUUUAUCAUGAAAGAUACUCAUUUAAGAGUGUGAAAAGGCAUUUCAAGGCAGUGACAUAAAAAAAAAAGCAGGUAAUAUGCAGUUCACAAGUUUCAACUUAAUGUACAGUUUCUGAAUGUUAAUAAACAUUUUAAUAAAAAUACAAUUUUGGUGUUGAUUUUU